AUGUGUGAUAGUGACUCCGAAUUAUCAAUAAGCAUGAAUGAGAAUGCGAAUGAUAAUGAAGAUGGUUCCAUUGGUCUUGCUGUUAUUAAAAUUUCUGUCCCUUCGGUGAAUAUUGAAAAAGUCUAUAACUUCAUACCUUCGGACGUAAUAUCGGAUGUCAAAGAUUCGAUUAUCAAGGAUUUAAACCUAGAAUUUCGGGAUAUAUUAAAUUAUGGGUUAUUUCUGCCACCAACAGACGGAAAAGCCGGAAAGUUUUUGCAAGAGGAUCGCCAACUUAAAGAAUAUCCCUUCACUAGCAGUGUUGGUUAUUUUGAGCUUAAAUAUAAGCAAAGAAUAUACCGGAACCUUCCUGUCAAUGUAAGCAAGCUUCGCAAGAUCAACUCAAAGGCGACUUUGCGUCAGUUUUUGAGUCACGUCCGAUUUGGUGAACUAGAUAAAAUCAACAAGUUACUUGACAAAGGUGUUGAUCCCAACUUCCAGAAUCGAGAUGAUGGAGAAACACCACUUACUGUCGCUGUCCGCUUACCCAAGCCCAAAUCAAUUAUUAUGGCCUUGGUGGCUGGUGGUGCUCACUUGGAUUUUCGAUCUGCAGACAGCUGUACUCCUCUUCACAAAGCCGCAAUCAACGGAAAUUACGAGGCAAUUAUGGUAUUACUUGACUUGGGCCAAUCACCGAACGUAAGGGAUUCUAAUGGACUAACUCCACUUUAUCACUGCAUCCUCAAUGAUACAUCUGCCAUGUGUGUUGAGCGCCUUCUCUACGAUCAUUCGAUUCUCGGAGUCGUCGACGGAGCAGGAAUGCAGGAGAUUCAUCAGGCUUGUCGUUUCGGUCGUGGGCAGCACUUAGAGCAGUUGAUAGCCUAUGGUGCUGAUAUCAACAGUCAGACAACCUUCGAUGGAAAUACUCCCUUGCACUUUUGCGCCUACAAUGGCCAAGAAUCGUGUGCGAGGCUACUACUCUUCCGGGGUGCAAAUCGAACAUUGAAAAAUCGGGCCGGACACACAGCUCAACAAGAGGCUAUUCUGGCCAAUCAUAGCACCACAGCUGCUCUCAUUUGGGAUUUCCAGGAUAAGGAUGUUGUUCCCCUACGUGGUAGCCCUAAGUACAAUCAGAGGAGACGCCAAAACAGCGUAUCCCGUACGCUUGGGCAAAGAUGUGCAAGUCUCGGUCGACUCUCUGGGAGCUAUAUGAGCAUGGAGACCUCGAAAUCCAAUACACUAAAUCCUCGACGACCCCCUCUCGCCAAUGCGAUUGCUGAUUUCGCAAUUAAUGGGCAUGAAAAGCCACCACUGGCUAGUGGAACUUCUCUCUAUGGAGAUGGAGGUUGUAAGUUCGAGUUCUUUAGCUAUGCAGAGCGUCCAUGUAGUCACUCCACCAAUGGACGAUUUUCGGAGGAGGGGCGUAAAAUGUUGAGAGGAAUACGACAGAACUCUCUGCCGGCAAGCCAAUCCCUUCUACCGAAUGGAAAUCUGACCAUCGGUUCAUAUCAACAAAAUCGAUCCGCGCUGAAUACCCAAAAUGGAUUGUCACCUUAUCGAGAUAACUCGGAUACAAUGUCGAUUAGAAGCUAUGCCUCAUCUGUCGGGGGUCGAUAUUCUGAGACCCGUACUUUGAGUACUUCGAGUUCAAGAUUUAAUACUCUUCGAGAGGGUCGUGGAGGCAUUCUAAGCGUGGAUACAAAAUUUCUACCCAGAGUGAUUGUUCUUCAGAAGGGCCAACGCGGAUUCGGUUUUGUGGUGCAAAGUAAAAAAGCAACCAGGGGCAUAUUUGUACCAACAGAAGAAAUUCCAUCACUACACUACUUGGGUCAUGUUGAAGAGAACAAUGUCGCCCAUCGGGCAAAUCUGCUACCACACGACUACAUUCUUGAGGUUAAUGGAGAUGAUGUGGCAACUUUGUCGCAUCAAGAAGUUGUGGAAAUGAUUCGCGAUUCUGGUGAUAUGCUUUCGCUGAAAGUUGUGACCCUUCCGCCUGAAGACGAUCAGCAAUUUGACUUUCAAGAAGACAAUAUGGAGGUAUUUCAAAAUGACAUACCUGGUGAUAAUUUUCAAUAUUCAACUCUGGGUCGUAGGACCAAUGAAAACAAUGACUUCAUUUCGCAAUCAAUUGUACCGAUGUCGCUCCGUUCAGUGAAUAAUGGCUCCUCUUCCAAUAGACAAUUGGAUAUUGCUAAUGAGAUUGCCUCGCACGAUAUUAAUAAUGGAUUUUCGACCAUUCGGCGUUCGAAUGCUCUGGGUCAGAAAUCUUUUUGUAAAGAGGUGCCCGACAGUGCGGACUAUCAUCAGGGACAGUCUUUUGCCACGAUGCCUCCUAAACCUUUUCCCAAUGGAAACGGCUACUCAUCUAAUGUGACAGAAAAUUAUUCGAACGCGGGCACACUUAGGAAAUCAAAAGCACAAACAACUAAUGGGUUCCCUCCACUGCCCACAAAAGCUCCCCCUGUUCCAUCGCCUGCCCCACCACCUCCACCACCACCCCCUCCACCCUCCAGCAACGGAUCGAGCACCAUCCGGAGCAACAAUGGGCACCCAACCGCCACAGCAAUGUCAGCUGAUAAAAAUGGUUUCACUCGACGUCCUGCAUUCCCCACAUCGCAAAAGAAAUCGGCAGAAUCACAAGAAUCGACUCCAUCGCCGCCCACACUCUUUCGAGCCUCAAACGGAGCAGUCAAUCCACUUCUUGCCUCGGUAUUGGCCAAACUCGAAGCUUCUGAAGAUCCUGACGACCUAGUAUUCAAUCCCGAACCACCUAAACCGGAAUUUACACGUCCCGCGCCUGCAUUUUCCUUUGAGGAUAAUUUGAAAGCAGCUAUAGCACGACGAAGAAAGCAAAUGGAUCAGUCAAGAGAAUCGAGCGAAUCAGAAGACGAUCUUAUUGGGACUCGUUCGAUGAAUGAAGGCCUGAAUACUCAUCAGAUGUCAACUCCUCCUUCUCAGUUAUCUAACCAGCCACCGAAACCACCGAAUGCAAAUACAUUAGAUGGUCCGAGACGUGCACUCCCAUCGAAUCGAUUUGAAUUUCUAGGAGGAACGCAUUCUAAGAUGGGUCAUUCUGGUGUUCCCCAACCUCCUCCUCCUCCUCAUCCUCCAUCACAUUCAUCUAAUUGGACAACAUAG